GUAGCCAUAGCAGCCAUUCAGUCGUGAAUAACAUCGUUUUGCCAGUGUGAUCGAUAGAAAAGUUCAAUCCGCUUCUUCUAGCUACUGGUUGACUGAUUGAGGAACGAACGAUUCUAAUCAAUUUCGGGCACCUGAAAUUAAUCAAAUCAGGAGACAAAUAAAAUGAUGAAUGCAAAUAGCUUAAAGCAGCUUCAGAGCCUGUUCAAAUCUGCAGCUGGUGAAAGCGACUCUGAAGAAGAGGAUAGUGCUGGAGGAGCCAAACAGUUAGGUCCGGGUGAUAUUGCAGCGACGGUGAAGUCGAAACAAAAUCGGAAGCGAAAUCAAAACCCUGAAGAACACGUGAAAAGUUGCUCAUAUGCUCCAUUACAAAAUGCAGCAAUAUCAGACCCUAAAACAAUCGAAGAGUGGGAGAAUCAACAGGAAGCGGAAUGUGAGACUUUAUUUGAGACUCGUCACGCACCAGAGUAUAAAAUAUCCUACAAGCAAACGGUUGGAACCGAGGACCUUUUCCUGCAGAUGAGUGGCAAAAAUCCCUCCACGGCCAGCUGUGAGAACAUGAUCGUUGAAGUGUUUCUAUCGGGAGAAAAGGGGGUCGGAAUACAUCACAUCGAUCUUACAGUGUUGGAGCAACGAAUCUUGGUAAAGUCGCCAAAAUACUACCUGGAUCUUCAGUUACCUCAGAAAAUUAAUCCGGAAAAGGGCAACGCUGCCUGGCUAUCAGAAGAGAAAAUACUUAAACUUACUCUCAAGAUGGAGCGAGAGUAUGAUUUUGUGAACUUUUGAAGUGUUCCGACCGUUCGGCAAAGUGCUAGAAUGCAAUUUUAUUGAAUCGAUUUACGGUUUCACUCAGCGCAGCGCAGUGAGAAUGGUGUUCGGCCAUGCUUUGCAGGGAAAACGUGUUCACAAUAAACGGUUUGACAGAGUGCUUUUUAAUCUUUUCAAUGGGUAACACUUGACAGUAAGGAAUAGAUUGCUAUAGUUAAUAGCUGAGAAUUAAUAACAUUGUAAUACCAUAUCUACAUGAUAGAAACACGUUCUUUUUCAUAGGCUGACUUGAUCAUCGUCAUCAUUUAUUUCCCAAGGGGGUCAAGUUCUUGAAUGAGCAUUGAUUGUUUGUUCAAUAGGCUUCUGAAGAAAUUCCUAGC